UGCGAGGGAGAUGCGGCACUGACUGAGGAGCGGGCUCGGCCCGGGCUCCGCUGCGGGGCCGGCGGGCGCGUUCUGAGCUCGGAGCGGUCUGGAUGAACGCGGCGGCGGCGGCAAAGGUCGUCGGCGAGUUGGGAACAACAUGAAUACCUCGGUUCACGCCCCACUGGGAAAUAUUUCCGGUCACCUGAAUUUUUCGGAGAUGAACUCGCAGAUCUUGCAGUUUGAGGACGAAGAUUGCCAUGUGCCUUUGGCCAUGGUCUUCACUUUGGCCUUGGCUUACGGGACUGUGAUAAUUCUGGGAGUCUCUGGGAAUCUGGCCUUGAUUGUCAUCAUUUUAAAACAAAAGGAGAUGCGCAAUGUUACCAACAUCCUCAUUGUCAACCUAUCCUUUUCUGAUCUCCUAGUGACCAUCAUGUGUCUUCCCUUUACCUUCGUGUACACUUUAAUGGACCACUGGAUUUUUGGGGAGGCCAUGUGCAAGUUGAACCCUUUUGUGCAAUGUGCCUCCAUCACCGUCUCGGUCUUUUCUUUAGUCCUCAUUGCUGUGGAGCGCCACCAGCUGAUCAUCAAUCCCCGCGGCUGGAGGCCGAACAACAGGCAUGCCUACAUGGGGAUUGCUGCCAUAUGGAUUUUAGCCACAGCUUCCUCCUUGCCUUUCCUGAUCUACCAUGUAUUGACAGAUGAGCCCUUCAGAAAUGUUACAUUUGAUGAAUAUAAGGACAAAUAUGUGUGCUUGGACCUGUUCCCCUGGGACACUGCCAGGCUUUCUUAUACCACAACGCUUCUGGUGAUUCAAUACUUUGGACCACUUUGUUUUAUAUUUAUUUGCUACCUGAAGAUAUACAUACGGUUAAAAAAAAGGAACAACAUGAUGGACAAGAUGAGAGACAGUAAGUACAGAUCCUCUGAAACCAAAAGGAUCAACAUCAUGCUGAUAUCAAUAGUGGUCGCAUUUGCAGUUUGCUGGCUGCCUCUCACCAUCUUCAACAUCGUGUUUGAUUGGAAUCAUGAAAUUCUGCCUGUUGCUACCUGCAGCCACAACCUCUUGUUCCUGAUUUGCCACCUCACUGCCAUGAUCUCCACCUGUGUGAAUCCUAUCUUCUACGGGUUUCUCAAUAAGAACUUCCAAAGGGACCUGCAGUUUUUUUUUCAUUUUUGUCACUUCCACUCCCGUGAGGAGGAUUAUGAGACUAUAGCCAUGUCCACCAUGCACACAGAUGUUUCAAAAACCUCUUUAAGGCAGGCAAGCCCCAUCACAUUUAAAAAAAUAAAUAGCGAUGACGAUGAAAAAAUAUAAAGAAGUAAUAGAAAUUCUGCACCAAACUGCAAGAAGUGUGAUUGCAGGUGAAGUGUGUCCAAGGACAAGCACAAUUACAUAACAAGUACAAAAAGAGUAAUGUUUUUCUUCCUUUUCCAAGGAACUUUGAUUGUUGUCACUUUGAAAUUAUGCACUGUGCAUUUUUGCCCCUUUUACUGCUUUAAUGUUCACAGAAGCUAUAUCUGAAUUUUAUUUUAAGACAUAGUCAGACCUGCUACUACCUAUGGUUUUCAUCAGCUGGUUUUGUUCUGUUUUCUUUGUACAGUUCCGUCCUUCAGCAAAAAGGUUUACUUAUUGAUUUUUUUUCAAAGAAGUAGUUUUGAGGAGUGUCCAUUUAAGACCAUUAGAAACAAUAUAAACCACAGGGUCACUGUCAUUACAGAAGAUAUCCACCAAAGAAUAAAAUUAGGAAAUUCUGAUUUGAAGAGGACUUUUUUUUAUAAUUUCAUCUUUUGAUCAACAUUAAAAUCCUAUAAAAUCAGUGUAGGUUUGCAAAAAAAGACUUAUGUGAAACCUAUAGAAUAUGUUUAAAUGGGGACAUACAGUUGUCUCAUUCAAAGAGGCAAUUAGGGCUGUAAUCACUUAGUUUCAAAGACAGGAUUAAGAAAGAAAUUCUGUUCUCAUUCACAAGAAUAAAACCCUACAGUAAUUCCACAGAGCACAAUGGGAUAACUGAUGCUUCAGCACAGCAAAUGAAAACAUAAAUGGGGCUUCAGUCCCAAAUGAUUACAGCUGGUUUUAAUAACACAGGCUUUUUAAUUUAAAAAUCCAAACCCCAUUUUUAUCUGGCAUCAGUGACAGGAAUUACUGUUGCUGGGAUGAAAUGCACCAUCUGUUCCAAGCCUGUGAACCACGUAAAUUCUCCUUGAGACCUAUGUCUAGAGGGAGAUGGGGCUGUUUGCUGUCUGGACAAGGGGCAAUUCCAUCCUCACAGGUGACAGAGAAAUUCAGGUCUGGUAUUAAAAAAGUAAGAUCGAGCUACCUGAGUCUUUUCAUAGUAAUUAGUGUUGAUCUAUAUAAAUUAUGUAUAGCCUCAUAAUACUUGGUGUUCAGGUGCAAUGGCAUAAACCUGGACAAUCUCCAAGGCAAAGGAUGGUUUAAUCAAGACCUGCCAAAUUUAAAAGAAGGGUAUGAAUAUAGGUUGGGUAUAAUUGGUGUGUUUAGCUUCCAAACUCACAGUUUCCACAGUCAGUUGAAGUGUGGAAACAUUUGCCAAAUAUCCACAAUAGACCUCUGUUACUGCUUAAAAUAGAUAUCCACUAAUUAAACAAAAUAUCCGUGGCUAGAUCCCAGUUGAGGGAGACCAUAACUUGACCGCUUAAGUGAAAUUACAACAAAAACAGCCAGCUGAGGUUCUGUGUCAUACAGUGUACUUUGCCAUAUCAUCAAUGUCUUUUUGAAUAAUCAGCUUUUAAAAAUACAAUAUAGAUCCUACUUUCCUUCAGCAAGGUCAAUUUAAAUCAUUCUAGCAGACAAGAGGGUCUUUAAAAUGGAUAUAAAUGUAAAUGUAAUAUAAAUGGAAAUCUGAUGUGAUAUAUUUCUAAGCAAAAAUAUCUCAGGAUGUUAUGGUGAAUUUCAUAUGUUCUAAAUUUGACAUAGAUAAAUGCCUAAGAAAUUAAAAUUAUUUGGGUUGCCAGUAUUUAAAAGUGAAACACCGUGCCUUGUGCUGUCUUAUAAAUAGUGUAGAAUACUAAAGUAGCAAUGUGUUCUUGUGCAUUAUAAUUCCAUGUAUUUCCUACUGGAAGAUAAUUUAAUUUAGAAGGAUUUUUCUGUGCUUGAGAACAGAGACAGAAUGUAGAAAAUUAAUUAUAAGACAGAAGGUUCUUUCAGAGCUUUGGCCUUUUGAAUUUUAUGAGAUUUCCUUUUUCUUUGUGCUUCCCUAUGGAAUGUGUUGUUAAUAACUUGACAGGGGCUCCCAAAAUUUUUUUCUCUCUCACUUUGCAACAAUUUUCACAUUUCAAAGGAUGUGUAUUUUCACAAUGAGAUACAAUGUACAAAAACAGUCAUGGAGAUUUUUUUGUAGUAAGAUUGUCAGAGUGGGUUUUUCCCAUUACAAAAAGUCACUGUGAAUUUUAUGGCUUUUUUCCUCUUUUUUUUUUUUUUUUUUAAUGCCCUUUCUUUCAAUGUAGUGCAAAAAGAAAAUUCACUCAGUUGAGAAACUUUCCAGUUACUUUGCUGGAAAUUUUUGUCUAAGCUGAAUUAGGUGCUUAUACAGAGUAGGUGUAGAAGAACUUUAGAGGAGCCUGCUGGUGCUCAGGAACCAGGUGUAUCCUAAGUUUUGGAGGUCUCCAGUGGGAUAGCAACAUAAUUCUUCCUAUGUCAACGUUUCUCCUGCUUGAGGUGCAGCCUUAAAUCACGCAGCCCAUCUGACAGUGUCUCAUACUCUCCCCUGAGAAUGCAUGUCAGGUGUUCUUUGACCCCAGCACCUGAUCAACAGGGUGAACUGUAAAUGGGAGCAUUAUUCCUGCUCAUCCUUGUUCAGCUCAGGAGCUGUUUUCCCUCUGCACUGCUGUCCUGGGAUCAGGCUUCUCAUGUUUCCUCACUUCCCUGCAAGAAGCCUUUCUGAGCCUCUGCUGAACAUGCAGGUUAGUGCUUUGUCACACAAAUAGCACAGGGCACACUGCCUGUAAUGACAGUGGAAAUGAACACAGGACAAGGACUGUUCUGCAGGAAAAUGCAUUUGGAGAAUUUCAGAGGCAAAAUCAUGGCUCUUCUGAAGAAUUUGUUAUGAGGACAGAGAUAAAAGUCGUCUCUCUGAGGUGCUGACCUAACAUCUGCAGGGUGUAGCUCAGAUCUACCCAGAGCAGUAUAUUUGUCUUUGGUUUCAAGACUUGAUGCUGGAGCUCUCCAAAUCUUUCCCCUCCCAACAGCCAGCUACAGUACUGAUCCUCUUUUUCAUUUUCCGAGCUCCAGCAUGGCUUCUCCUCUAUAUGCUAAAUUUCUUUACAGGAUAAGCUGACAGGUUUUGUGUUUCACUAUAAUUUUUCAAUCAUUCUGGGUUGAUAUUUAUUUCUUCUACGUGCUGUUUUGUCAAAUGUCCCACACUUCAGCACAUGUUGAUUCCUGUCUCAAAAGCCUGAAGAUCCCUUUUAUUCUUUCAGACUUGUAGAAAAGUUUUACUGACAGAAAAACAGAACAGUGAGUGAUCUAUAAUGUAUCUUAUUAUUUAUGUGUCAUACAUUUCAUGUCAAAUCUCCAGCCUUAAAUGACAAAUGCAACUAUUUAAUAAGCAUCAGUAUUUGCUUCACUUGUCAGUUAUUUUAGCAUCUUAAACGUCACUUUGAUCAACCACAAACAUUUCUGCAUAAUCUAAAUAAACCAGCAUAUUUGUAUACCAUGUUAAUAAA